UUCUAAAUGCAUGUUGUGUUUAUAAUAAAUUACAGUACCAGAAGAAAAACUUCAUCUUUUAAAUAAAAUAUGACGACUGGAAUCAAAGCAACAGAAAACAGAUUUGCAUUUUUGAAAGUUCAAGAUUCUGAUUCAGAUGAGCACAUCAGUGACUCUGGGUUUAAAACAGUUGGAAAAACUAAAACUAAACCAACAAACAAUGCAAAGAAAAGAGCAAGAAGAAGAAAAAAGAAAGAGGUAGAAACAGGCAACAGCAUGCAAUCAUUGGACAGCUUUUCUGAACCGUUGGCGAUAUCUUCUCGUAAUGAACACACAAUUCGUGAUCAGAAGUUGGUUGAAAAACUUUAUGAAGAUGAUUUGUGGAAAGCAGUUGAAUUAAGUAAACUAGCGUAUGAGAAAGAGCAAGAGCGUCAUUUUACUUCUGCAUUGAAAAAUCCAGUACCGGAACAUUCAAACGAAAAGUUACAAGUAGAAACCAGUUCUCAUAUGAAUAAGACGGAGAAACAAAUACGAAAAGAAGAAAAGCAAAAAAAUAAAGCAGCAAAAACUGUAUCAUUACAACAAUUUCAGCAGUAUAUUGAAGAUUCCUUACCAAUAAAACCAGAACCUCCAAAAUCUCAUUCAUUAAAUGGUCAUCAAGAAGCAGGUGAUUUCUUUAACAAAGUUGAUGCAGAUGUUGCUAAAAUAAAGACCGGAGAAAUGUUACAGGAAAAAACAACAACAGCAGCAGCAAUUGAGUCGAUCUUCAUAAAUGAAAGAACUCGCGACAAAUUAUCACAAAAAAAUGAAAAAAUAAAAGAGCUUGAGUUGGAAGUUGGAACUUUAAGAUCACAAAAUAAAAACAUAAAAAAGAGAAACCAACAACUGCUGGUCAUUUUACAACAGGGAGAAAUGAAAGGAAAAUCAGAAAUGUUGAUUGAGAUUGAAAAGUUGAAUUCUAUACGUGAUGAAUUAACAACCGAAGUCACAGAGUUGCAUGAGAAAUUCGAAAGGGAAAGGUCGAAGGUUUCCAAACUAACUGAUGAAAUUAAGAUGUUAAAACACAGCAAAGUGCACGAGGCAGACUGAUGAAAGCCACACUACUUAUGUCCCUAUGGAGUUUCAUUCUUUUUAAGUUCUUAUUUUUGGUACUGAGUUUUGACAUUGAAAUAUCUUGAUUGGCCACCCUCCACUUCUACACUGUCAUAAUACCAUCUGUGUAUAUUACAUUUCAUGAGCUAAUUUCAUAAUAAAAUGUUCCUGUGUUCAGCAGAGGAGAA